AUGGCAUCUUCAGCCUUCACUGACCACCUAGCCAUUUGAAGGCAGCCAUCCAUUGAUCCCUGGGUUCGGCCAUCUAGCUAGGCCAGUUCAGUCAGCCUUGUUUCUGCUCCCAUUCAGCUUCGCGAUAAAUAAUUAGCGUAACUAGAGGUUUCUGGCCCCCGGGAUUUCUGGUCUCCACUCGUCUGGCGCGCUCUCCUCGUCGACGCAAUAGCAUCAUCAUCCGGAAAGGUCGAAAAAAAAGAGAACCCAGUUCCCACCAAACAACCCCCCACAUCAUCAUAUUCCCAACCGCUAGCCUCGCUCGCAAUGGAGUCCAAGAUCGAGUUGCAGGCCGAGACCACGGCCGUGGGAUCAAUUAUCGACAUUCUACCAGUGGAGCUGAUGCGUGGCAUCCUCAGCUGCACGCCUAAGCCGCCGUCCCACACCCGCUUGCACGACCAGCCGGCGUACGAAAUGCUGCAACGCGCCGAGACGCCGCUGAAGAACAUGUCACUCGUCUCCAAGCGCUGGCGCGACAUUGCCCUGCCCAUUCUUUUCAGCCACGUCGUGUGGGUCGUCGAGUUUCUAGGCAUGAUCGCCGAGCCCCCCCCAGACGUUGACGAUCGCCUCGAAAACUUCCCGCUGCUGUGCUUUCUGCGCCAUCAUGACCUCGCCCGCCACGUCGACUCGCUGACCCUGAUCGUCCGUGACUUGGGCAAGAGUCCUCUGGCUUUGGUUUCUGCGAGCGAGCUCGACGGCUAUGCGGCGUCUUCUAGCCUCGAGGCCAAAAUAAGCUACGACUGGCUGUGGGACUUGGUGUUUGGCGUCGUGGAUCCGCGCACCUUCAUCGUGAUCGCAAUGCCCGACACGCUCGGCAGCCUGCUGUCGAGGGCCGUUUGGGAAGGUGAUGCCUGGACCUUUGACAUGAACACGGUGAACAUCUUGUCGCUGGCGCGGCCCGCGGCGACCCGUGCGCAGCUGAAUGCCGCCACGUCUUCCUCGCCAAAGCAAGGGGCAGCUGAUGCUUCUUCACCUGCCUCCCAGACGGCGCCCGCCAGCAAGCUGUUCACCAUCCGCCCCUGGACCCACCUUCUUCUAAACGAGGGCUCGUUCACUCCCGUAUAUAGAACGUACGAAUUCUUUCUGCGACGGCCGCCCUCGAUCCUGCCAGGCCUCCUUGGAUGCGACAGCGAGGCGCCCCCAGGCACGCCUCGCCUGAUCCCGCCCACAAUCAAGUCGCUUUCCUACGUGGCCAUCUUCCCGCUGUCAUCACACGUCAACAUUCUCGCGACGUUCCUGCCCUGCGGCCUCGACCACCUGUUAAUACAGCUGAUGCCGGACAUCGACAGCAAUAUCCUGCUCAGCCCACGCGAGAUGCACCACCUGCAGCUCGCCGACCUGUGGAUGGAGCGCAACACGUGCUACAGCCUCAUUAUGGCUAAGCUGUUGGAAUGGCAUAAGCCUGGGAAUCGUGGAGAGCACUUCAUCAUCACCCAAUCCAAUCUCGCGGAUGAUGAUAAGGAGGAUCCCGAUGACCCGUGGGCGAGCCUGCGCGAAUUUGAGACCGGUGAUUCUAGGGAUGAGGAGGCAUGGAAUUUGGCAGUCCAACAGGUGCAGUUGAGCAGGGCCGGCUGGUUCGUCGAGCGAAGGGGCAAGUUUGUCAGGGGCUUGCGGCGCAGGGUCGGGGUUAGUGCUUGGGACGCCAGCUCCACUGCUAGCCUGUGGAGCGACUCCUCGUCAGUACUGUCGCCCGAGUAUUUGGCAGAACUGUCGGCCGACUUCCCGUCAGAGCCGCCGCCCGGAAUCCCGUCAGAACUGACGUACGGAGUCCCGUUCUCACCGUAAUUGCGAGUAUGUGUAUGUACACAAAAAAAGCCUCGGUGAAGGGAUACAGUGUGCGCGUUCUUAACUCUGAUUAGCAUUUAACUUCGAUACGCAAUAAAGUGUGUUUGGCUCUGGGCUACAGAAACUUGCCUCGCCGAAAGGCACUCGGCAUGAUGGAGAUAUUUCUAGGGCAUGUCAGACUCUCCGCAGACUAUUAUGGUAAUCAUGUGCACUGGAAACUCGAUCCGGACGUGACGGCCCCUCGUAGGCCCAGGGCUGCGGCACCGAUGCUAGCAGCGGCCGAGCUAGUCGCCCGUCAUUUAGUUAGGUCGGGUUAUUACCACACAAUUAGCAUCCCAUGAAC